UGAUGGCUGUAAUCAUUCAUGAAAUAAUAAAUGUACUCUUGUAUCUUUAUCUGGUUGGUUCAGUGAAAUAAAAGAACCACUAAAAUCUGCUUAUAGAUCUCUUGUAGACAACUCAGACGACAUGUGUGUUGCGCUGUAAAUAACAUUAAAACAUUUUCUAAGGUUCUCUUCUGUCCAUUUGGAUAGUAAGAGUUCCACAUUAUUUAUACAGACUGUUUUCUUCCUUUCUAGAUUAGUUAUGGAGCCAGAGAUACUUUGCUGAGUGAUAGAAAGAUGUAUCCAAACUUUUUCCGGACAGUUCCGGAUGAUGAGAUGCAAUAUGUGGCCAUAGCAAAGUUACUGGAAAGGUUGAAGUGGAACUGGGUCGGGAUCCUUACAUCUGAUGAUGAAUACGGAGAGAGGGAGAUCCGACAACUCAGCAAACAUUUAUCUAAUCAUGGAAUUUGUAUUGAAUUCAAGAUUCUGGUGUCUGUAAAGAAUUAUAAUAAAAUUCCUCCAGAGCUGCGGAGCUCAACCACGGAAGUUCUUAUUAUUUGUGGCUCAGUUAGUAGGACUUAUUACAAGUUUUUGUAUAAUAAUGUCCCUUAUCACAUGGAGAAAACAUUUAUUCUACCAGAUUCUUGGUCAAUGAGUGAAGUGUUUUUUUCUCUCAGUAAUUGCAGCUUGGCGUUUACAUUCCCCUUUUUCUACAUAAAUAGAUUGCUGGAAUAUUUUGAUAGUAUUUAUCCAUCCAGCCGCCCAAAUGACCCCCUGAUAGAGGAUAUUCUCAUAACUGAAUAUCAAUGCUUUUCAAAAAACCAAAUGAAAAAUGUCCUUAUUCCACUCACAACUAGUUAUCCUCUUAGGAACUGCAGUGUGGAGACACUUCCACUUGAUUUAUCUUAUCCUGAUGAGAAAAUAUCCUAUAGAGUGUUUAUCUCAGUCUACAUUUUGGCACAAGCAUUACAUGACAUGGAUUUCUCUUUUAAAAUAAAUAACAAAAAAUCUGAAAUAAAGUAUAAGGUGAGAGCGUCCAAUGAAAGUUUACUUGUAUCUUUUUUAUGCUCGGUCAGUUCAGUACUAGAACACAAUGGCCCAGACAAAAAUUACACCCAGUUUAGGGUCAUGUUUAGUUUAGAGGUGUUUAUCCCUUUCACUUCUGGAGCUUUUUUUAUCAAAUUUUUUGGACUGAAGAUUAUCUAA